AUGGGUAACAAACGUGCGUCUGAUGGAAAUAGCGAUCAAAGGAAGAAGAAAUUUAAAGUAGCAUCGGGUUUCCUAGACCCAGGUACAUCAGGUAUAUAUGCGACUUGCACUAGAAGAAAAGAAAGACAAGCUACCCAAGAGUUGGGCUUACUGUUUGAAGAAAAGCUACAAGAAAUUUAUGGUGACAAACUCAAGGAACUUGAAAAUGCUGACAAUUCAGCGGAGGUUGUUGAGGAACCAAAAGUUUCUGAAGAGUUAUCUAUUGAAGAACAAAUUCAGCAAGAAUUAUCAGAGAUCAAGACAGCAUCGAAUCCAAUCAGCAAAGAACAAAAGAAGAAAGAAUUGUUGCAUUUUGUUGAGUUGAAUUGUGAAUGUGUCGUAUUUUGUAAGACUAGAAAACCAAUUAUCCCUGAAGAAUUUGUAAAAAAGAUAAUGGAUGAAUUGAUUGACCCCCAGAACAAAAUGAAAAGAACGAGAUAUGUUCAAAAAUUAACGCCAAUAACAAAUUCUUGUAAUGCAUCUAUGGAACAGAUACUGAAACUAGCCCAAGAGGUACUCGCUCCACAUUUCCAUUCUGCUAGCUGUGAGAUUGAAGGCUAUAAAUUUGCAGUAGAGGUUACCAGAAGGAACUUCAAUACAAUCCCAAAGAUGGAUAUCAUUAACAAUCUGGUAUCUGUCGUCUGUGAAAAUGGUAAGUAUAAGCAUAAGGUAGAUUUAAAGAAUUACAAUAAAUUAAUAUUGGUAGAAUGUUUUAAGAACAAUGUUGGUAUAUCUGUGGUAAAUGGUGAAUACAAUAAGUCAUACAAAAGAUAUAAUGUUCAGCAAAUAUUUGAGGCAAAGUUAAAGCUAAAUGAUGCUGGAAAGACUCCGGUUGAAAAAAAAGCUUUAAUUUAG